GGAGCCGGAACACAGCGGGGCGGUGUGGGCUCAGCAUUGCAGUCCAGACCAUCAUGCCUGUUGCCCCGGCAGCAGAACAGGAAGUGUGUGUGUGAGCGCCUCCCGCUUGGAUCUGCUGGGAUGAACAUGCCACUGCACCAAAUCUCUGUCAUCCCUCGCGAUGUCACCUCUUCUCGGGUCUCGGGCAGUGGGAAGGCCAAGGACAAGGACAAGCAGAAUGAGAAGCCUCUGGGUCAUUCUGCGAGCAGGUCCAGCAACAUCUCAAAGGCAGGGAGCCCCACAUCUGUAAAUGCACCAUGCAGCUUCUCCAGGACAUCAGUCACCCCAUCCAACCAGGACAUCUGCAGGAUUUGUCACUGCGAGGGAGACGACGAGAGCCCCCUGAUCACGCCGUGCCACUGCACGGGGAGCCUGCGCUUCGUCCACCAGGCCUGUCUGCAGCAGUGGAUCAAGAGCUCCGACACUCGCUGCUGUGAACUCUGCAAAUACGAGUUCAUCAUGGAGACCAAACUCAAGCCGCUGCGCAAGUGGGAGAAACUACAGAUGACGGCGAGUGAGAGGAGGAAGAUCAUGUGUUCGGUCACCUUCCACGUCAUCGCCAUCACCUGUGUGGUGUGGUCCCUCUACGUGCUCAUCGACAGGACGGCAGAGGAAAUCCAGCAAGGGAUUCUGGAAUGGCCUUUCUGGACCAAGCUGGUGGUGGUGGCCAUCGGCUUCACGGGCGGACUGGUGUUCAUGUACGUGCAGUGUAAAGUCUACAUCCAGCUGUGGAGGAGACUCAAGGCUUACAACAGGGUCAUAUACGUCCAGAACCGGCCUGACACAUGUAAAAAGCUGGCGCUGGAGAAACCGCCGCUCCUGGAGCCCAGUCUGGAGAACAAGGAGGCUCUGGCCCCCACACAGUCAGACACAAACUCCUCCCAGUACACAGAGACAGAGGACUACAGUAUGGAGGUGCUCCAUGUCUGACCAACCAACCACCUCCCUGUCCUAAAUGCCUCCCAUCCAGUCCGCACCAUAGAUUCUCCUGCGCAUAUAUAGCAUAUAUAGACAUGCGCACAAAUGCGCACGCACACACACACACACACACACACACACACACACAGGCUGAAAUAAACAACUAACAGUGGAUUAGUGGUCAUGAAAGUGUUCUGUGACUGAUCGAACACACACAAACUCUACCGUAAUCUUCGGCUUACCCACCCCCUUUCAGUCUACCUGGCACGUCUCAUUGGCUGAACUCCGUUGUCAUUCAACUGUUCACAGGGGCAGUUGCCUAGAAAGUAUGGAGGCAUGAGACAGCACAAACCCAAUCCAGCCUCCAGCUCUCUUGUGUCAUUUCUGCUUCCAGAUCCUCCUCAUGUCUCCUCCAGCAAACCCUCCCCAACCCUCAGCCAGGACCACGUUAUCUUUACUGACAUCCGUAAGGGAUGAAGAGGCCUGGAGCAUACCACCAGACACACACACACACACACACACACAC